AAACUCUGAGCUGCCUGCCACUGACACAUUUCCUGUUGUUGACAGCAGAGGCUCUGCUGCGCUGCGUGAAGGGACUCGCAUUUUAUCAGCUGCAGCGCACACAGACCCACACUUAAAAAGCACCCUUUUUCAGGAAGAGCUCCUAUCAUUUCUCAGAUACACAGACACAGAGGAAACACUGCCAUCAAGCCUCUUACUAACACCCUUUAAACGGGAUCUGCUCCCCAGAUGGACUGACUCCCUCCCUAGAGCUUGACUGAUGAGGAAUUUGUUGUGUUUGCACCUGAUCUGAGCGUCUUUGCAAAGGAGUGUUAUGGUUUUGUUCUACAUGGGAUCAGAUAAACACUCAUCUACACUUAUGCAGCAUGAGGACCCGGUACGCCAGGACAUGCAGUUCUACUACGUGGGCGAACAUACGUGGACCACCAUGCUGGGACAGAGCUUGAGGCUGCAGCCGGUUCCCAUCCAAAGUCUGUCAGAGCUAGAGAGAGCACGACUGCAGGAGGUGGCCCUUUACCACUUGGAAAAAAGACACCUGGAUUUUAAGAUCAGCAUUCCCAAAGAGAUUCGAAAGCGAAGGAAAUCACUGCGGAGAAAGUUUGACUCAUUCUCAAAAGAAAAGAAAGACAAAGAAGUUGCACCCCAGGCAUUUGGCAUCCCUCUUGCUCAAGUAAUAGCCAAUGACCGGGCACACAAGCAGCGUCAGGACGCACUGAAAGAGAGCCGCCGGGACUGUCUGGACCUAGAGGCCAGUGUACUACACUUCCGUGCUGAGAAAUGGCAACACAAUGGAAACCGGCCGUUGCGCAGUACAGCCUUAUCACCUGGUGCUGCUUCCUCACCAGCACUGGAGGUUCACACCAAACCUGUGUCAUCAGCGUUCAUGGACAAUACAUCACGGACGCACAGACGGGGAGGAUUGUCUGUAGACUCCAUCUCUGAUCUGGUUGAGAGUCAGUCCAGACUACUAGAAGCUCUGCAGCUCUCUCACCCUAAUGAGCUGGAAAUGAAGAAGGCAUCCGCGGGCCGUACACAGGCCAAGCUCAGUCUCAACCCCAUUUACAGACAAGUACCCCGAGUGGUGGAACGCUGCUGUAACCACAUUCAGGCUUACGGGUUACAAACUUUGGGGAUUUUCCGGGUAGGCAGCUCUAAAAAGAGAGUCCGUCAACUGCGUAAUGACUUUAACAGCGGGAUAGACGCCGUGUUAGACGAGGAGCACAGCGUUCAUGAUGUGGCUGCAUUACUGAAGGAGUUUCUGAGGGAGAUGCCCGACCCUCUGUUGCCUCGAGAACUGUACCGAGCCUUCCUGCACGCUAACUUGUUGAGAGGGGCUGAUCAGUUGACGUACCUGCAGAAGUUGUUAUACCUGUUACCACCCUGUUACUGUGAUACACUGUUGAGGCUCCUCACCCUCUUACAUACAGUACAACAGAACGCACACGACUCGACUGGCCCUGACCAACAGGAGAUCUCAGGUAAUAAGAUGACGGCAGCCAACCUGGCAGUGAUCUUUGGGCCCAACCUCCUCCAGAAAGAGAGAGGAUCAGAGAGAGAGCUCAGUCCUCAGGCUCUGGGUAUAGAGGACAGCACUGCUGUUAUCUCUGUUACCCUGCUGCUCAUCCAGAACCACAAACACCUCUUCAUGGUGUCUGCUGAACUCCAGCAGGAGGUGCUCAUGAGUCUCAUUCAGACAGACCCUGAUAUUAUUGACUAUCUGCUACGCAGGAAAGUCAGCAGCAGCAGCAGUCUAACAAUGGAAACAGACUCUGGUGGACGAAGGGACAAGCAGGUCUCUCUGGACUUUGUGGGUCAAUCCAGUGAAGAUUUUUCAUCCCUGGAGCCUCUCUUCUCAGAUUCAUCUAGCAAAGGAAGUCUGAACAGCGAUGUCUUCCUCAACGUUCUGCACCUUAACACCAACAGAAACCGCUCCUCUGAGGCUCCUCCAAAGUCCAUUGGCCAAAUAAGGCAGUUUCAUUCUCACCACAACUUGCUGAGUCUGGCUCAGCCCUCCAUCAAUGCCCAGAGUGAUGAGAGACAGCUUCGAGACCAAAGACAAGCCGCUUCCAGGCAAACGUGGUCAGGGGAACGACUUUCUUCCGGUCUGGGACAGGAGGAUAGUGACUCCCAACCGCAGAGCCCUGUAGAGAAACGUGUCUGGGUACGACAGAGCUCCAAUGCUUCAUCCACGACGUCAAACGACAGCAAGCCGCCAAGCAACUUCUGGGACUUUUUCACUGGAAAGGUGUCAGGCUCAGAGACUAUAGUAUGACCCCCACAGUAGAUGCACCAGUAGUGUGGGAUUGUGUGUUUGUAAACUUAUUCACCAUUUAGAAAAAGAAGUAGAGCAUAGACACGCACAGAAAUGUUCUUGUGGAAGCUAUACUAUUUAUGUAAAAUAGUUUUAAAUAACCAGACUCCUUUUGAAGGUGGUGAUUUUUCAGAGCACACUAGAUUAUUUUAAGCGAGCCACCCAAAUGGCCGGUUUCACAGACACGGCUUAGUUUAAGCCAGGACUAAGCCUUAGUUGAAUUAAGAUAUUUAUGUGGCUUUUAUAAAAAUGCCUUAGAAAAAUACAUUGCUGGUGUGCAUCUUGAGACAAAACAAUGGCACUGGUUUAUUUUAAGAUAUUUCUGGGCAAGUUAUAUUAAGUUAAGACCGGUCAGACAUUCAUUUUAGUCUGGGACUAGUUUUAAGCCUCGUCUGUGAAACCGAGCCUAAGAGUCUUUAUAAACCUGCCAAAACUGUGUAUGUUACCAGAACACAGACCUCUGAAUUUAGAAUGUAAAUAUAUCAUAUGCUUUUGUAACCGUUUUCUAUAUAGAGAGCAGGUUUUAUAUACAUGGACCAUUUUUCAAACAUGCACUCAGCAGGUCCUGAAAAAAUCAAGAUAAUCUAAGCUUUUCUUAUAGCUGACCUCUUUAUCACCACAGUUGUUUACAGUAGCGGUUCAUCAUUUGUAAAAUUUCACUGUUGCUGAAAAAGCAAAAACUGCAUUUGACUGUUUUAGUUCUGAUAUUGGCAGCUGAUUAAUACUUGUACAGUACAUACUAUUACUUUUUACAUACAUUAAUGGCCAAAAGUGAUGUGCUGGCUCUUUACUUAAAUAAUUAUAUUAUUAAAGAUAUAUUACAAAAUGUUGUAUGCAUGUUUAAUAAGUGUGCGGAAUGUAAACUGAAAAACUUAUGAAUGCACAAAGCUUAUUGUGUUAAGGCUCAGGAGAAUCCCUACAAAAUGUCUCCACAAGAGAGGAUCAACAAAACAUUACUAACUGUAGCCAGUGUAUGAUUAUUUCCUGUGGGCUUUUGUUUUUCUAUGCAUUUUUGACAAAAGUGUCCAUUUUAUACCAUACCAUACCUAUUUUAUUAGUUUACAUUAACCUGAACAAGCAUUAAGGGCAAAUGUUGUACAAAUAUCUUCACCCUGGAAUUAUAAGGUUCCAUCUGACAUCCACAUAUUUUGAUUUGUUUUACACAAUGCGAUGUCUUUACGUUGUGUACACUGUAAAACUUUGCUGUAGUUUUUGCAGCAGGUUGGCCAGUAACUUACUGUAGAUUUAAUUACUACUUGAUAUAUUUCCAAUUAGUACUGUUUUCAAUUACUUUAAUCAAAAUUAAAACACUUUGACUUAUGAGAUUCAAAAUGAGCAAGAAGAGACUGGCAUUAGCACAGCAACAAUGCAAAAAAAUGACAUUACCCGUGGAUAUCACACAUAAGCAUUUUUCUCUUGUUUUCUGUAAAAAUAUUUAAAACUUCUUAAAUUACGAUACAUUUACAUAACAAGAAAAGUGACCCAAGAUAUUUAGUCUUGUUUUAUGAAAGAAAGAUAUAUAAACUAGGUAAGUUUAUACUUAAAACAAAAUUGUACAUUAAAUCUACAGUAAGUUACUGGCAAACCUGCUGCGAAAUUACAGCAAAGUUUUACAGUGUACAUUUUGGGUCUUUUUAUAAAACAAAAAGGUUCAAUCUACAAAGUCAAAUGGAAUGCAAACACUAUGACGCUCAAUAUCUAAAAACUGCUCAGAACGCAAUGAACUUUGUAAUUCCAAGGUGGCGAUAUGCUCUUUCGACAUCACUUUUGGCCACUACUGUACACUUUUAACACAUUUUUAAAUAAAGAGUGUAAAUUCACCUUUGUAGCGUUGAGUUU